CCACAUUCAGAGUGUGCCCCCCCCCCAACCCGAUCACCCUCAGUUCCUCACAGACUUCCCUUGAGUGUUGCCACCAUAACCACCCGCUGGGUCGUCCUGGGCGGCCCUUCAGUGCGGCCCUCCUCGCCCCUCGCCCCUCGCCCUGAGUCCUUUCCACUAUCUUUCCUCGGAGUUGCCUUCUUCGCCUCAGGUCGCCCCCCACCUCCAGUACAGGGGUCCGUCCCCUCGGGCUCUUCCAGCCCAGUACCUGCCUCGAUGUCACCCCCGCGUCGCCUCGGCGCGACCCUUGUGCCCUCUCCUAUUAAUGCUCCCCUUCCCCUUAAUGCCCCCCAUCCGUGCCCUCAUCUCCACCUGUGACCCCGUAUUCCCCCCAACAGGGUCCCCCCUCCGUGAGCCUCGGAUCCCAUUCGGUUCCCUUUCCUCCACAGCAUCUGCUCUGCUUGUCUCCCGGGACAGGGCCCACACCCCCAAGGCUUCCCGGGCCUGUUAGUGUUGGGACCUGAUGACCCCUUGGUUUCUCCUCCUCAGAAACCUAUUGCUACACACACAUCUCCCCCAUGUUCUUCUUCCAGUGUUUAUUGCCUCACCCUAGUAGGUCUCUCGUCACUUCUUCCCCAAAUAUUAGUGCUUCUUCCAGUCAUGAAGCUAAAGAUGCAGUGGUUAACCGCAUGGGCUCUGAAACUUGACAUGCCUGACUGAAUUCCAGUUUCUCCACUGACAGCUGUUUGGUCCUGGGCAGGUUACUAAGCUUCUCUGGGCUUCAAAUUAGUCAUGUAAAAUGGAAAUAAUACUACUUACUUCUUCCCUCCUUCUUAGGGCUGGUGUGAGUAUUAACUACAGAUGCUCCUAAAUUUACCAUGAGGUUACAUCCUGAAAAACUCAUCUUAAAUUGAAGAUACCUACAUCAAAAAUGCAUUUAAUACACCAAACCUACAGAUAGCUUAGCAGUACAGUAUACUGUAAAAUAUCAUUUGUUUAACCUUCUGAUUACAUAGCUGUAUGAGAACCGGUCACAGCCACUGCCCCUAUAUAGCAUUAAAAAAGAGUAUUGUACUCCAUAUCCACUAGCUCAGGAAAGGAUCAAAAUUCAAAAUUCUUUGGGCUGGGGAUGCAUGAGACCCCAGGUUCAUUCCCCAGAACCAUAACAAAACAAUCCCAAAAGUCAGAUUAUGUUUAUACUGAAUGGUUGUCAUUUGUACACCAUUGCAAGUUGAAACAUUCUAGUUUGGGGACUAUCUGUAUAGGUAAAACUCUCAGGAAAAUCUCUGGCAGGUAGUAAGCUUGCAACAGAUAUUAACUGAGCUGAACAUGAUGACAUGUGCCUGAAAUCCCAGCUACUCAGAAGGCUGAGGCAGGAGGGAUCACAAGUUUGAGUUCAGCCUCAGCAACUUAGUGAAACCAUGUCUCAAAAAAGGGUUGGGGAUAUAGCUCAGUGGUAGAGUGCUUGUCUAACAUGCAUUGGGCCCUGGGUUCAAUCUCCAUACUACAAAAAUAAAUAAAUAAAUAAACUGUUAUUAACAUGUGUUAUUAACAUCAACUUGCCCCCAAUGACUUCUAUUCACUACUGUUUUCCCUAAGAAUUUCUCUGAUUCUUAGGAUUCACCCCUUUCCAUGACCUUUUUUUAAAUUUUUGUUUUGUUUUGUUUUAUUUUGUUUUAUAUGGUGCUGAGAAUUGAACCAGGGCUUCACAUGUACGUGGCAAAUGCUGUACCGCUGAGCCACAACCCCAGCCCUCCAUGACCUUUUUUAAAAUUCUUUUUUGGUACUUAGAGAUUUAACCUAGGGCCUUAUCAUGCCAAACACAUUUUGCCACUGAUCUACAUCCCUAGUCCCCCAUCACAGUUUUUCUCCUCCCUCCCAGCUCUCUUUAUUAAUUUUACCCAGGCCAAAGCUGAACACUUUUUUUUUUUUAAUAUUUUUUCAGUUGUCAAUGGACCUUUAUUUAUUUAUUUAUAUGCAGUGCUGAGAAUUGAACCCAGUGCCUCACACAUGCUAGGCAAGUGCUCUACCACUGAGCUACAACCCUAGCCCCAAAGCUGAACUCUUUAUAAACAGCUCUCUCAAUUCUGAAGGACCCUGUCUCUACCUAUUCACCUCUAGGGUGUAUGAAUUGGAAUGGAUGAUAGAGAGGGAUUACUAACCCAAAGCUUUACUGGGAGUGGUGAAGGUGAAGAGAGUGACUGUAAAGCUUCCAGAAGCAAUCUGAUAAGAAGUCCCCCAAAUUAUAUCUCCUUAAAACUGUGUUUUCAGAUCAUGCUGCCCUUACUCAUUUUCAUUGCCAUAUUAUAACUUAACCUCCUGUUGCUCUCUUAUCUCCCAUUCAGAUUUUUUGUUUGUUGGUUUAUUGUUUUUAUUUGUUGUUGUUGUUGUUUUGUUUUUUGGGGUUUUUUUUAGUUGUAAAUGGACACAAUACCUUCAUUUCAUUUAUUUAUUUUAUGUGGUGCUUGGAUGAAACCCAGUGUCUCAUGCAAGCUAGGCAAGUGCCUUACCACUGAGCCACAACCCAAGCCCCAGUCUGUUAUGUUUUUGUAACUGCAUCUACCCUUCAUGUCUCUCCAGGCUAGUUCAGAGACCCUUCUGAGCUAUUCAGGAAUGGAGAUAUAGUACCAUGUUAGAAAGGAGAAUUGGAAAGGACAGGGAGAGAGACUCUAGUCUCAGCUUUUUGGCUUUUCUCAGGUUCUAGUGACAUGCCUGCUCUGGGGCUCCAUUUUUAUCUCUUCUUACUCUGACACAGGUGAGGUAAAGGGCCAGAGGUGGGAAAUUUUUCACAAGCAGUGGAAAAGAGAGUCUCAUAGUCUCCAAGUUAAUUAACUUGAAAAGUAGAUUAAUAGAAUGCUUAGCACCAUCUCUUUUCUCUUUGAGUUCCCCCAUAUUGUGUCCAUAUGAUUGCAAGUUCGUUAGUGCUGUUGGCUAUGAUGAUGGGUUUGAUUGAUACAGAAGAUUAACAGACUCAUGAGUUUCCUUUUAUCUGAUAGUUCGUUGGGGCAUGGGACUUCUGGGACUUUCAGUCCCUUCCUCACAGAAAGAACAGAACUUUUGCUCGUUGGCCAACUGUUCGGUCAUGGGUUGAGAACUCCUUUCAGAACAGGCCCAUUUUCAAUCUCCUAGGCUGUUUGGCCUCUUGUAGAUGGGAGAAUUCAUUUCCUUACAAGUUGUGAAGCUAAGGUAUAGUGCUCCACUUGUGUUCUUUUAUAGAAGCUUUUUUCCUUUCUUUCUUUUUUUUUUUUUUUUUUUUCCUUUUGGAAAGUAAAUCAUCCAGUGAACAGGAGGUAAGAGAAAUGAGGUAAGGGUAAGGAGAAUGGAUUUUUUUUUUUUUUUUUUUUUGGUACUGGGGAUCGAACUCAGGAGCACUUGAUCACUGAGCCAAAUCCCCAGCCCUUAUUUGUAUUUUAUUUAGAGACAGGGUCUCACCGAGUCACCAUUGCUGAGGCUGGCUUUGAAAAGAAUAGAUUAAUAUAGUUUAAAGGGAGAAGUAACACAUUGAUUUCUCUGUCUUACAGAUAGUGGGGCCAAGAUUGUGAACUUUACUGACAUUCUGAUGUGAGGAGCUCCGCCAGAGCCAAAAGUGGAGCCUGGCUAGAUUUGCAGCCUGAAGCCAUGGGCCAGGGGGCCAUGGUGACUUGAGACCAGUAGACUCUGUCCAGUUACCCCCUACUGUUCCUUCUACCUCCCCUACCCUUUACUAAGUGAACUUGACUCACCUUUUCAGGGAGCUGACCCUGAGGGAAUCCCUUUCCCUUAUUUUCCUAUCCUUUUAUCCUCUCAAGACAGUUCCAGACUAUAGAACUCCUACCUCCCAUCCCCUGUGGUGGUUCCCAUCUCUCCCUCAUUUUCCCCGCCAUGCUUCAGCUGUGGAAGGUGGUACGCCCAGCUCGGCAGCUGGAACUGCACCGCCUCAUACUGCUGCUGAUUGCUUUCAGCCUGGGCUCCAUGGGCUUCCUGGCUUACUAUGUAUCCACCAGCCCCAAGGCUAAGGAACCCCUGCCCCUGCCCUUGGGAGACUGCAGCAGUAGUGGGGCAGCUGCCCCUGGCCUUGCACGGCCUCCAGUCCCUCCUCGAAUGCCCAGGCCUCCAGAAACAGCUCGAACAGAACCAGUGGUCCUUGUGUUUGUGGAGAGUGCAUACUCACAACUGGGUCAGGAGAUUGUGGCCAUCUUGGAGUCUAGUCGUUUUCGUUAUAGCACUGAGUUGGCACCUGGUCGAGGGGAUAUGCCCACAUUGACUGAUCAUACCCAUGGCCGCUAUGUCUUGGUAAUUUAUGAGAACCUGCUCAAGUAUGUUAACCUGGAUGCCUGGAGUCGGGAACUGCUAGAUCGAUACUGUGUGGAGUAUGGUGUGGGCAUCAUUGGCUUUUUCCGAGCCCAUGAGCACAGCCUACUGAAUGCUCAACUCAAGGGCUUUCCCCUUUUUUUACAUUCAAACUUGGGACUACGCGACUACCAAGUGAAUCCUUCUGCCCCUCUGCUACAUCUCACUCGCCCUAGCCGCCUGGAACCUGGGCCGCUGCCUGGUGAUGACUGGACCAUCUUCCAAUCCAAUCACAGCACAUAUGAACCAGUGCUUCUUGCCAGCCUUCGGCCAGCUGAACCCCCUGUGCUAGGACCAGUGCCUCGUCGGGCUCGACUUCCCACUGUGGUACAGGACCUGGGGCUUCAUGAUGGCAUCCAGCGGGUGUUCUUUGGCCAUGGCCUUUCAUUUUGGCUCCACAAACUUGUCUUCGUUGAUGCUGUUGCAUACCUCACUGGCAAGCGCCUCUGCCUGGACCUUGACCGCUAUAUCUUAGUAGACAUUGAUGAUAUCUUUGUGGGCAAAGAAGGUACCCGCAUGAAGGUGGCUGAUGUUGAGGCUCUCUUGACCACCCAGAACAAACUCAGGACUUUAGUCCCCAACUUCACCUUCAACCUGGGCUUCUCGGGCAAGUUCUACCAUACUGGGACAGAGGAGGAGGAUGCAGGGGACGACAUGCUGCUGAAGCACCGCAAAGAGUUCUGGUGGUUCCCCCACAUGUGGAGCCACAUGCAGCCACACCUGUUCCACAAUCGCUCCGUGCUGGCUGACCAGAUGAGGCUCAACAAACAGUUUGCUUUGGAGCAUGGGAUUCCCACGGAUCUGGGGUAUGCUGUGGCCCCUCACCACUCGGGCGUGUACCCCAUCCACACGCAGCUCUAUGAGGCCUGGAAAUCUGUGUGGGGCAUCCAGGUGACCAGUACCGAGGAGUAUCCCCAUCUCCGUCCUGCCCGCUACCGUCGUGGCUUUAUUCACAACGGCAUCAUGGUGCUGCCCCGGCAGACAUGUGGUCUCUUCACUCACACAAUCUUCUAUAAUGAAUAUCCUGGAGGCUCUCGUGAACUAGACCGGAGCAUCCGAGGAGGAGAGCUCUUUCUGACAGUGCUACUUAAUCCGAUCAGCAUCUUUAUGACCCAUUUGUCCAAUUACGGAAAUGACCGGUUGGGCCUGUACACCUUUGAGAGCCUGGUGCGCUUCCUCCAAUGCUGGACACGGCUGCGCCUACAGACCCUUCCUCCAGUCCCUCUUGCACGAAAGUACUUUGAACUUUUCCCCCAGGAGAGAAGUCCCCUUUGGCAGAAUCCCUGUGAUGACAAGAGGCACAAAGAUAUCUGGUCCAAGGAGAAAACCUGUGAUCGGCUCCCCAAAUUCCUCAUUGUGGGACCCCAGAAGACAGGGACCACAGCUAUUCACUUCUUCCUGAGCCUGCACCCAGCUGUGACUAGCAGCUUCCCUAGCCCAAGCACCUUUGAGGAGAUUCAGUUCUUCAAUGGCCCUAAUUACCACAAGGGUAUUGACUGGUAUAUGGACUUCUUCCCUGUUCCUUCUAAUGCCAGCACUGACUUCCUGUUUGAAAAAAGUGCCACCUACUUUGAUUCAGAGGUUGUACCACGGCGGGGGGCUGCCCUCCUGCCAAGAGCCAAGAUCAUCACUGUGCUCACCAAUCCUGCUGACAGGGCCUACUCCUGGUACCAGCACCAGCGUGCACACGGAGACCCAGUUGCUCUGAACUAUACCUUCUACCAGGUGAUUUCAGCUUCCUCCCAGGCCCCUCUGGUACUUCGCUCUCUGCAGAACCGCUGUCUUGUCCCUGGCUAUUAUUCCACCCAUCUACAACGCUGGCUGACUUACUACCCCUCUGGACAGCUGCUGAUUGUGGAUGGGCAAGAGCUGCGUACCAAUCCUGCAGCCUCAAUGGAGAGCAUCCAGAAGUUCCUGGGUUUGAUGAAGAUAAGGGAUUUUGGUGCCAGGGACUUGAAGGUGGUAAAACUCGAUGUCUAG